CUUUCGAAGAUGCUGCGCCUUCUGUUCUGUCUGGGAGUGGGCAUACUCGGCUGUCAGGCCGCCUGCAAUGUCUGUUCUUCCUGGUCCAACACGGCCUGUGUAUCGGAAACUUCCUUCAAAUUUUGUAAUGAAGCAGCAUUGCUAAUUGGCGACGCAACCCCCUGCCAAAAUGGCUUUUAUUGCACGGGAGAAGCUAUAGUUUGUCAGAAAAGCCCGGCACUCACUGCCUGCAUCACAGACAGCACAGAGAGCACCACGGGCACUACACAGUCCAACACGAGCAGUGCAGAGAGCACCACGAGCACUACAGUGACCUCCAGCAGCAGCACAGAGAGCUCCACGGGCACCACAGCUACCAUCACCAUUACAGCGAGUACCCCAACCCCAGAAACCACCACCAUUACAGCGAGUACCCCAACCACCGUGGAUCCAGCAAUCAUUGAUAUAUGCAGGAUCAAGGCCACCACGGGUCGCUAUACCAAUCCCAAUGAUUCUACCGGCCAGAGUUACGUAAUGUGCUUCUAUCGGGGUUCUACCUGGUCAGGAGCUGUUUGGGAAUGUCCUUUAGCGAAACCCUAUUUCAAUAGCACUACUUCUGUGUGCUCUUCAACGAAACCUUCUAAUUGUGUGUGAUAUGAUAUAUCUUUUAAGAAUUAUGCACUAAAGUUUAUUAAAUUACAUAUGUAUAUA